GCUGCAGGGCGGAAGGAGGGCAGGGACGCGGUGGGGGAAGGUAAGCAGUGUCUGCGGGUUUCCACCCGCAUCCAGAGGAAGGCUGGGGGCGGGGACCUGCGGGCCCUCCCCACCGCUGGCGCUGCCCCCAGAGGCACCCCGUCCUGGGCCCUGGGCACAGCCAGCCUUCUCCUCCUAAGACCCCUUCGGAAGCUCGGAUGAGGCUCAGCCCCUCGGUCCGCAGGGACCCCUGCCUGCCGGCGCGCCGAGCUGGGUGGGCGCUGUCCCUGACCCUGAGGUUCUCACCCUGCUGAUCUGGCAUCGCUUUACUGAACUUCCCCUCCCACCGCCCUCGAAACAUAUCUCUAGAAACCUCUUCCUCCUCCGAAGUGCUCCUGACUCUGCCCUGCUCUACCCGCGCGGCUCCACCAUCCCCUGAACGGACCGAGCGGCCGCCUCACCCAGCCCAGCGGCCGGCGGGACCCGGCGGCGCUGAGGCUGUGAGAGACCAGGGCACCGGACCGAGAAGCACUCGAAACCCAAGUCAGGAGAGCGAGUCAGAGCGGGGCUCCUCCAGGAUGGAAGUGAGGCUUCUUCUCUUAGGGAAGCGUGGCGCAGGGAAAAGUGCCACAGGAAACAACAUUCUGGGCAAAGCCGUGUUUGAGUCCAGGUUCAGUGAGCAGCCGGUGACUAGAAGCUGCCAGAGAGGGAGUGGGGUCACACAGGGGAGGGAGGUUGUGGUCAUCGACACCCCUGACAUUUUCUCUUCGGAUAACAUUAAGCGCUGCUUGGAGCUCUCCGCUCCCAGCCUCCACGCCCUGCUUCUGGUAAUUCCCCUUGGCAACUAUACGGUGGAGGACAGACAAACAGCCGAGCACAUUCAGAAUGUAUUUGAAGAGAAAGCCAGGAGGCACACCAUUAUCAUCUUCACUCGGAAGGACGAGGAGGGCUCGCUGGAGGACUACGUUAAAAACAACACAUCUAUCUGGGACUUGGUUCAGUGCUCUAGUGGUCAAUACUGCGCUUUCAACAACAAGGCAAGUAAGGAUGAGCAGGAUGCCCAGGUGAAGGACCUCCUCUGCAAGGUCGAGGAUUUGGUGGAAAACGAAGGACCAUAUGCAGUCAACUUAAGGGAUGAAGACAGUAGAUUCCAGGAUUCUGUGAAUGAAGACACAUCUCAGCAUAGUAUGAAUGAAGACACAUCUCAGAGGAAGAACUAUCCACAUGGGUCAGGGGAGCAGCAUCAGCAGAUGAUAGGAUGGGAACCGAACCCCGGGCUGCCAGCCCUGAAGGUCCUGCUUGUGGGGAAGCGUGGUGUGGGGAAAAGUGCAGUUGGGAACAGCCUUCUGGGGAAGCGGGUCUUUGAGACUCGAUACAGUGAAGAGCCAGUAACCUGGAGGUGCAUGUCUGAGAACAGAAUCUGGAGAGAGAGGCAAGUUUUGAUCAUUGAUACUCCAGACGUCUCAUCUUCAAAGGACAUUGAACAAGACCUUGUGAACACCUGCCCGGGUCCUCAUGCUUUCCUGCUGGUGACUCCCCUGGGAUCCUUCAAUGAGAAAGAUGACAUGGUGCUAAGCACCAUCCGACGCAUUUUUGGGAACAAAUUCAUCGAGUAUAUGAUCGUUCUCCUCACCAGGAAAGAAGAUAUAGAGAAUCAAGUCCUAGACAAGUUCUUAGCCAGAAGUAAAAGGCUCAACGAGCUCAUCAACAAAUGUAAAAACCGAUACAGUAUCUUCAACUACAGAGCUAGGGAGGAAGAGGAGCGAUGCCAGGUGGAUAAACUCCUGCAGGAAAUUGUAAGCAUGGUGCAGCAGAAUGGGGACAAGCCUUGUACUUUCAGAGAGAAAGAGCCCCUGUGCAUUAUCCUCGUGGGGAAGAGCGGGACUGGGAAGAGUGCCAGUGGGAACACCAUCCUCGGGAGCCCGGAGUUCCACUCUCAGCUGAAAGCACAGCCGGUCACCACGAGCUUCCAGGAAGGCUGGAGGACAUGGAACGGGCAGGAUGUUGUGGUUGUGGACACUCCACCACUCUGUCAGGAGUCCAGAGCUGAAGGGGACCUAUCCCAGCUCGAGAAGGCAGUCAAGGACUGUAGGUCCUACUAUAAAGAAGGGAGUACAGUUCUGGUUGUGGUGUUACAGCUGGGACGGAUCACUACAUGGGACAAAAAGGCAGUGGUGGACCUAGAGCGCAUUUUUGGAGCAGAAGUUAUGAAAUACACGAUCGUGCUGUUCACCAGGAAGGAAGACCUAGAGACUGGGAAACUUGAUGAUUAUGUCAAUAACACAGAUAACAAGCAUCUUAAGAACAUAAUUGAAAAAUGUAAGAGGAGAUAUUGUGCUUUUAAUAACAAAGAAACUGGCCAAGCCAAGGAAGACCAGGCAGAAGAGCUUUUGACAAUGGCUAGUAACGUGAUAAAGGGUGGGGGACAGCAUAAACAUCCCCGUACACGGGAUGUAGGCAAAAUAAUGAAAAAUAUUCAGGAAAAACCCUCUAAAUUACUAAGUACUUUAAAGGAAAGGUUCUAGGAAAAUGAAAGGUCUGGGGUCUCUUUAAGUUGAAGAUACCCUCAGGCUACAAGCAUGGGGGAGGCAUGGCAGGGGGAUAGGAAGAGGAACCAUGACUUUGAGAGCUUGAGAGAUGAAUGCAUCUCAGCUUGUGAUGCUUCAGCUCUUUGUAAGUAAAUAAAUAGACAAGUCAUGUAGUAGGGGAUAAUAAAGGAGAAAGAAGAAAUAAGGUAGGGAAAUCUGCUAAAGGGCUUCAGAUAUUAGGCUGAUAUUAAGGAUCAGAGUCAAGUCACAAGAAUCACUUCACCUGUGUAGGUAGACAGGAGUCAGGACAGACACUGGGAUUAAGGCCAAGGCGAGCCUGGGGUCAGAAUUCAGAUAGUCACAUGAGAACCAGGGGAUUCAGCUACAUGGGAGUAAGACAAUGUCCUGCCAACUCCUGGGCAUGGCAGAAUGGAGAAGUUGCUGUUGCUGGGCACUGCUUGCCAGGUUCUCCCAGCUCCCCAUCUCCCCCAGGGGUGCUCUCAGGACCUUCUUUUCCUCAUGUGGUUACUCCUUACUCCUUUCUUUGUUCCAAGCUGUAGUGGAAAGUGGGACCCAGUCUACCUUCCUUUGCUCUCCCUGAGGAAAUGGACAUGAAUCUGUGAAGUAUCAAAAGAUUUUAUUGCUAAUAAUUCAUGGUGACACAGACUAGAACAAAAAUUAGAAGCAUGGUAAAAUUGCUAAUUAGAUAAUCUUGCAAAAUUUUAAAUUCUAAGUAAAAUUCUAGAUUUCCUCUAGAAUUUUCAGAAAAAGUUACUGAAAACUCCUUUGCAUUCCUUUCUCUCUUCGUCUCCCUUUCUCUUUCUCUCCACCCCCAUCCCAUUCCCUGAGGCUUGUGCAUCCAUGCUCAGUCAUGUCCAGCUCUUUAUGACCCCACGGACUGUGGCUCACUGUGGACAGGCUCCUCUGUCCAUGGGAUUUUCCAGGCAAGAAUACUUGGAUGGGUUUCCAUUUCUUCCUGCAAGGGAUCUUCCCAAACCAGAGAAUGAAACCAAGUCUCCUGUGUGUCCUGCAAUGGCAGAUGGAUUCUUUACCACUGAGCCAACUGGGAAUCCCCUCCCCAAGGCUUAGGAACUCAAAUAAUAAUGGCUUAAACACAUUAAGGGUUUAUUGUGUGUCUUAUGUCAAGAAAUCCAGGAGUAAGCAGUUUGGGGCCAGUGUAGCACUGACAUUCCAGUGUCUUUCUGCCUUUCUGCCCCUAGUCAUUGGCAUGGGUGUCUCCAUACUUAAGGUUGCUUCUUGGUUCCUACUCACGGCUAGGCAGAUUAUGUUGAGAGCUACCUAGUGCGGGUGAUAAAUGAGAACUAUGAAAUCUCCCAGUUAGGUGUAAGGUCAGAUGUUUUCAAUACUAACCACUUUAUAUAUGUUUUGAGGACAUGCUUUAUGUCAUCUGCUUUUUUAAAAUUUCAAAACAUCAGGUUAUCUCAAGAUUAACCCAUUUAUAAGAGCAUGGACUGUCAUCAUGUAUACUUUGGUACUCUGUAUAGCCCUUAAUAAAUUCUGGAGGGUGUGUGUAAAUAUAUUCAGUUGAGUAAAAUAAUAAAGAUGAAAUUUAUUAU